AGGAAAUCUGCCAGUGAAGACGAACUCUAUGGCCGAACUAUGGUAGGCUACAAACCGUCGUUUAGGAGCUGUGACUGAAAAUUGCCGUUACUGUGAAAGGACACCUGGGAUACCUUGGGAACUUAAGUCGGACAGCUGGUGACAUCUGUGGGCGUUGUCUUAUUUGGUACUCGCGGACGGCUUUCGUGGGGAAAAACUGACUUGGAACUACACACCUGCCAGCGCCAACGCACUCCGUGUGACUGAAAAAGGGAGGAUGAAACUAUCAGACAGCACGACGAGGAGCAGCAGUGUUCCCACACGUGAAUGUAAGUAGGGGGAAAUUCUGGGAUAUGCGGCAUCGUAACUAUUUCAUCCAGUUAUCCCCAAGCAAGCCAGAGAGUCCGGAGAGCGCGGGAGAGGACCCUAGAGCGCAGGGGUCUCUCUGUACUGCGCACACAGUUGAGGUAACCCAGAAGCUUUGUCACCUGGAGUUUGGAGGGCGGCAUUGCAUUACGCCAGGAACAAAUUGACCCUUAAUCUAAGUUCGGUUUUGGAGGACAUAGUUGGGAGAAAGGAGGGUUUUAACACUGUAAAUACUGUAACGACUUGUACAGAGUAUACUCUGCUUAUAAGCCCUCAUAAAUUCUUCGGACAUAAAGUUGUACUUCAGCGGUCAUACUAUGUCAGCUCUGAGGAAAAAAUUUGGGGAUGAUUAUCAAGUAGUGACGACUUCGUCCAGUGGCGGCGGGUUUAACCAGGCGGCCCCUGAGAAGAAAAAGAAGCGACAACGCUUUGUGGACAAAAACGGCCGCUGCAAUGUCCAACAUGGGAACUUGAGCGGCGAGACCAGCAGGUAUCUUUCGGAUCUCUUCACUACCCUGGUGGACCUCAAAUGGCGCUGGAACCUCUUCAUCUUCAUCCUCACCUACACGGUAGCGUGGCUAUUCAUGGCCUCUAUGUGGUGGGUCAUCGCCUUCAUUCGAGGAGAUCUCUACCGGGCCCACGAUGACAAAUACACGCCCUGUGUUGCCAACGUCUACAACUUUCCCUCGGCCUUCUUGUUUUUCAUUGAGACAGAAGCCACCAUUGGUUAUGGCUACAGGUACAUCACGGAUAAAUGUCCGGAGGGAAUUAUCCUUUUCCUGUUCCAGUCAAUUUUGGGUUCGAUUGUGGACGCGUUCUUAAUUGGCUGCAUGUUCAUAAAGAUGUCCCAGCCAAAGAAGCGGGCAGAGACUUUGAUGUUCAGCGAGCACGCAGCAAUCUCCAUGCGUGACGGCAAACUGACGCUCAUGUUCCGGGUGGGCAAUCUCAGGAAUAGCCAUAUGGUGUCUGCUCAAAUCCGCUGCAAACUGCUCAAAUCUCGGCAGACACCCGAGGGUGAGUUUCUCCCCCUGGAUCAGCUGGAGCUGGACGUUGGUUUCAGCACCGGGGCGGAUCAGCUCUUCCUCGUCUCCCCUCUGACCAUCUGCCACGUGAUCGACUCCAAAAGCCCCUUCUAUGACCUCUCCCUCCGCUCCAUGCAGACAGAGCAGUUCGAGAUUGUAGUCAUCUUGGAGGGCAUUGUGGAGACCACGGGCAUGACGUGCCAGGCACGGACGUCCUACACGGAGGACGAGGUGCUGUGGGGUCAUCGCUUCUUCCCGGUCAUCUCCCUGGAGGAGGGCUUCUUCAAGGUGGACUACUCGCAGUUCCACGGCACCUUCGAGGUGCCAACGCCUCCCCAUAGCGUCAAGGAGCAGGAGGAGAGCCUCCUGCUGUCCUCCCCAUUGACUGCGCCUUCCCUCUGCCACAGUGCGGGUGGUGGUGGUGGAGGUGGAGGUGGAGGAGGUGGAGGCGGAGGCGAGGCUGGCAGCAUCACACUGGAGGGUUCCGACCAGCAGGGGGAGUCGGAGAGCGGCUCCACCAACCUGCCACCAGCACCCAUCGCAGCGAGCAACGCCACCAAGCUGCCGUCCAAGCUGCAGAGGCUGACUGGGCGAGGGGGGGACGGCUCGCUACCUAUCGGUAGCGCCGGAGGGGGGCGUGCGCUGGACGGAAUGCCCCGGAAGCUGCUGCGCAUGAGCUCAGAGAUCACAUACAACCUGGGCGAACUGCCGGUCAAGCUUCAGCGGAUCAGCUCGGCGCCCGGCGUGGCCGAGGAGCGCCUGCAUGCCGUCAGCUCGCCGCUGGCCGAGGAGAGGCCCACGCCCAAGAUCAGCAGGGCUGGGGGCGGGGCCUGCGACUCCAUGAGCCAAUCGGUCUCGGACUUGCCCCCGAAGCUGCAGAGAUUGGCUGGGGGAGGGGGAGGCAUAGGUGGACGGCUAGACGGGAACCUGCCGCCCAAAUUGCGGAAGAUGAACUCGGAGCGAUUCACAGGUUUAAGCCUGAAAUGAACAAUAUCCAGCAGUAGUCUCACGUAGUCCAACCUGUUACAGUACACACCAAGGGACAAACCGUUUUGGCUCAAAUGUGGGUGAAAAAUAUUACAUGGUUAAUGAUGGUAAGGAGGAUUUGAAAUCUCUAAACCAACACCUCUUCAACACCUCUUGUAAUCACGGGCAUUUACGUUGAUUCAGACACUAAUAUGAAAGGCUAAAUGGUGCUCUUCAA